GGGAGGUUCGUUGCGGCGCGCGUGCAGAGCAAAUUGAACAAAAUUUGCGACGCGAUAAACAAAUAAAUGUGCAACGGCUAACUAAAUUCAGUGAUUAACGGAACUGGUAGAAGCACCAGACUUCACCAAAAAAAAUCCUAGACAACUUGGAUUUGUGUUUAAUUGUUCGGCUUUUUAACGUACUCGCCGCGUCUUAAAUCGUUUUAAUUGUUUAUGUUCGUACGCAAAGUGUAUUGCCAACAAUUCAGCCGCUAAAAAUGUGCCAAAAAUGAGCCAGAAUCGGAAAUAAGCGGCUAAAGAGGAAUAAGCGAAAAAAGGAAGCCACGGCAAUCGGUGUUUGUUCUCUUUCUCUCUCCUCAUCCUCGCCAUGUGUGUAUGUGCAUGUGUGUGUUGGCGUCGCUAAAAAGUGCAUGUGAAAAAUAUAAAGCUAGUCGACGAAAAAGAAGGCCGAAAAGUGUAUAAAAGCAGGAAAAGAGAGAAAAUAGCUGGAAAAACAAGAAACAUAAGUGGUUAAAAUAAAAUAAAGUUUUGUUAAAAAAACGCUGUCCGAUUGCAGUGCGUGCACUUGUAUUUGCCGCUGCAUAUGUGUGUGAGUGUGGAAGCAACGCAAAAGAAAAAAACUUUUGCAGCCGGGGUACAAAUUCCAAUUGGAAUCUGUAGGGCAUAAAAUCUCGUUCGGCGCAUGCGUGGCUGAAAAAAAAACAACCGAAAGUGAAUUGAAUUGAAUGGCUUCGAAUGCUUCGGAUGGAUGUGUUGGCCGCAAACAUCUCAGCUCACUGAAUUUCGACUUUCGCACAAUUCGCGCGCUCUUCACACUCGAUUAUUGGAAAUAAUUUGGAUACGCAAAUCAGGCAUUUUAUCAAAAUAACGAAACAAGUAUUUUGCAUAAAAACGAGCGGAAAUCGAAAGGAACGCCCUGAAGGUCAUUGCCAGGGAGCGGAACGUCGGCAACGAAACGGGAAACAAUGGAUAUGGGAGGAAGCCAGGCAGACAUGCAAAUAUUGGGCGACUUUUGAGGGGUCCGAUUAGCAUAACUCGCUCUCUAAAUAAUAUACUAUGUCCCCCACAUGCACACGAGCGGAAUAAAGCCAAAUAGAGUUGGAGAACAAUGGAAAUGCAACAGGAAAGCGGAACGGGAGGAGAGGGGGAAGUCCCGAAAUCAGAGAAAGAAGCAGCGAUGACAAGUAACCAAGAGACUGAUAAAGCGGCCAUGAUGAAGGGUGGAAACGAAGGAUCGGCCAGGGAGUUGGAGUCCCCCGGCGAAACAACCACCCGAAAUCAAGAAAACACAACGAAACCCCUUAAAUCGGAUGGCAUAUUCGCCAUGCCAGCCACGCCCCCAAGUAAGGCAGGGCUAACCACUAAAUCGGCCAGCAGUAGCCGCAGUAGUUCCCUCAAAAAGCAGCGACGUGGAUCGAAGGGAAAUGCCAAUUUGAACGCAAUGGGAACGGAAAAUGGAGUUCCCAAGAGCGCCUCUGGCGGUGUUCAACUGAACUAUGGCACUGGCAGUGUUGGAAACGACCUAAUCAAGCAGUCGCAGUCCAUGACGUCUUUGCAGGCCCCAAACGAAGAGCAGCAGGAGCGUCGUGACGUCAUCCAGGCCAAGCUCCAUUUGGAGCGGCCCUACAACAGCCUCAAGAAAAAUUCGCACAGCAACAAAAUGCACCGUUAUUCGUGGGGAAGCGGAAACAGUCAGUGUAGUUCAACCAGUCUCCACAGCAGCGCCACUUUGGGCCUAGGCUCCUCUGGCAAAGACGACCUCUGGGCGGCCAUUCAAACGAACUACAACUACAUCAUGGACACAAACCUCUUGGACACUUGCAAAGAGGCGCGUUGUGAGAUAGAGGGCGCAGCAACAGUGCUGGAAAAGUCCAGUGAAUGUUGCCUUAAGAUGCUCGAUGAGACCCAAAGACCCGAGGGUCUCUGUGAGGAUCCCAAGGAGCUGCGGCGUUGGCUGCGCGAAAUGGAGAAUAAAUUGGAGAACUCGCCGACCAUCACGGAGUUGACAUUGUUUGGCAACGCGGAAUUGCAGCGUCAUCUAGCAGUUCACUCGGUGUUGUACCAUGAAAUUGUAUCACACGCUCGAGUAGUGAGCUCUUGCAUUCGAGGCGCCGAAAAGGAGCAGCAACUCCAGCAGCAGCAGCAACAAUUGAAACUGCAACAGCAGCAGCAGCAGCAACUGUCGAGUCAGCAACCCGCCUCAUUGACCAGCAACUGCUCCAGUGAGUCAACCAGCGACUCGGCCACCAAGUCGAGCAGCCUGAGCAGUGGGUUCGCCUCCGAGCCGGUGACCACUCCCACCACCACUGCCAUAGGAACCGCGGCAGCUGCCCCACCACCAGCUAGCAGCCACCCGUCGAAGAAGGGGGAAGGGAACUUGGAGCGGCUAAGGGACCGCUAUCACAUUUUGUAUCUGAGGGCCUUCGAACUGCAGUUGUGCCUGGACAAUCUGCUCAGGAAACGCAGCUCAGCAGCGAAUGGUCUGGAUGACGACGAGGACGAAGAGGAGGACACCGAAGACGACUCAUUUGGCUAUGAGGGCGAAGCCACCGAGGACGACAUAAACGAGGUCAACUCGGAUCUGGAUCUGGAGAACAGCGAGUCCAAGUCGUCGGCCACCCCCGCAGAACUCAUCCUCCAGCGCUGCCAGAUUGCAGCCACUCAGAUUGUCUGCGGCUCGGACGAGUCCCAUUCCCAGUCCCAGUCCCAGCCAGUCCCAUCCCAAGCGGAGUCUCUCUCAGCGGAUCAGCCACGCGAUUGUCUUGCACCUCAAAAGCCCGGCGAUGAGGCCGACGAGGAGCUAGAAGAGGAGGACGAAGAACCCGAUCUGGGCACCGACGUGGUGGACUUCCUCAUAGGCAAGCGAUCGUGGAGACAGCCCAACCACCCGAAUCCCAGUGGGGCAGCCACCUUAACGGAUUUCGAGGCGGACUCAGAGAGCAGUGACUUCGAGCAGGUGCAGCAGCUGAGCAGGCGAGGAUUCGCAGUGGUAGCGGGAAGCACCCGAAGGGUCCUGAAUCUCUUAGAGAUGCCCCAGAGCAGUAAUAGCAAUAUCAACAGCAGCAACUCGUUGCUGCAGCAGCGUCAUCACAAUAUCGGCAACAAAAUGCUGCCCAACAAGGCGCAUAACAAAAACAUUGCCGUGGCGGUAAUCACACCCAAUUCGCAUGGGAACACCAGUCACGGCCAUGGACUGGGCCACGGAAUGGGUCACGAGCUGAACAAGUCGCCACUGGGACUGCGCAAGACGCGCCAUCACCACAAUGACACCUCCAAGUUCAACCGCUCCAAUCGCAAGUCGAAGAACUGCGCGAUCUUCUACUUCAAGCAUCUAGACACGGACAACGAGCAGGGAAAUGCGGCGGGCAGUGAUCUCCAGAGCGAGGAUGAUCCGUGCUUGAUCCACCGACGAAGAGUCGGAGCUGCAGGCGACAUACUGAAAUCGGCUGAUGCCUCAACGGAUGACGACGACGAAGGUUGGCUCUACACGGCGACAGCAGCAACAUUGGAAGUUGCCCCAACAGCAACUGCAACAUCAAGUGCCGCAACAGCAACAACAUCGAUUGUGGAUGGUCUCCAGUCCACGGCCAUCUCCUCAACCACGGCAACGGGUGCACAGCCCUCGCCCAGCGACGACUCCGAUAAGGAGAACAAGGAGGCUCUGGUCACCACCACAACAAUCACGGCAACAGCAACUGCUGCAACAUCCAUUACAGCGGCAACGGCAACAGCAACAUUGCACAGCAGCGUCUACGACAGCAGCAGCGCCUGUUCCUCCUCGAAUUCAAAUUCGAACUCCAACGGCAGGCUCACGGAGACCUCGGCCACCUCGCGAGUCACUCAGCUGCAGAUGCACUCGCACUCGCACACCCAGAUGGAGUUCCACAGCAAUGGCAAUGCCAGCCAUGGCAGGCACUCCAUUAGCAACAACAAUUGCUACAGCAGCAUGCAACAUGAGCAGCAAAACAACAACGAGGGGGAGGCAGCCGAGGAGCUAGCCAAGAUCAAGAUGGGCGUCGAUGAGACAACUGCUGAUAUGGCAAAUGGAAACGCCACCAAAUCUCAACAGAUGAGCAACAGUUUCUACAGCCGAGCGGACAUCUGCAACAUCAGCGUGUGGCCAGCAGAAACUGCGGCCAAUAGCCACUUGCCACCAAGAUCCCCGGCCAAAUCGGCCAAGUCCUCCAAGUCGCAGGCCAGCAGCAGCAACGCCACCAUGUCGGCCUCCAUCGCUUCCCCAGCCAAGGGCAAGGUCUCGCAUGAUUCAAUCAAGCAGUUGGUGCUGGAAGCCGAGCAUUUGGUGCGCGACGCCCAAGAGACCGCACUGAAGACGCCAACCAAGCAGAAACAUUCCAUCAUUAAGAUCUCGUCGACAGUCAAGAAGCGCGAGGUCACCAUGCCGCAUCCCAUCAAGCAGCGCGUGGAGGAAUGGCUGGAGCACCAGCCCUCAACCCCACAAGUGCUGACCCGCAGCCGCACCCACGAAAUCCUGCCAGGCUGCAAGCCCGAUGACUGCGAGGCAUCUGGGGAGGCAUCCGAAACGGAUUCAGUGCCUCACCCCGGAACUGGUGUGGCAGGAGGAGUAACGAACGGCGCGGGAUCGGACUCUUCGGAGGGCUUCACCGAUUCCAUUGCCACCUGUAUGCAAACGAGCACGAAUUCCUAUGGGAAUUCCACGGAGAGAAUCGGUGGCUCUGCAGAGCCCAUUGGGCAGCCAACCACGCCUUUGGGCUUUGGCAGCAGCAAUCAAAGCCUUAACGUGAAGAUUGUGAAGCGACCACAGACGCGGCGCAAGUCUGAGAGGCCAUGGUCGGUCUCGUGUCUGUCCCAGUUGACCACAGAUGCAGCCCAGUUGACGUUGGCCACGUCUCGGAUAGUGGAGAACUCUCCGCCAGGACUGGCCAGUCAUUCUAUCAGUGAGAGUGCCCUGGACUCUCUUUCUCCGGGACCAAGACCGCGGGCUGCUUCUUCCUCGGGAACGGGAAGCAAUGCAGCCAGGAAGGCGGACAGUAAGGGAUCCCUGAGAAGAAGGAAGGCCAGGAAGAAGCGCAUUUCGGCUUCGGCUGGCAGGAAAUCAGAUUCAGGUUCCGAACUGGGUGGAGAUCUCACCCAGACGCUGAUGAAGUCCUGCGAGUCGAUGUCCUCCCAGCAGCUGCAGGAGUUCACCAAUGCCCUGCUUAGCAUCCAAAAGGGGGCAGCCCCUUUGAGUCCUAAGGGAGACGUUUCUGGAGUUCCUCUACUGGGCGAAGGCGAGGCUGGGGAGACCCAAUUGAUGCUCCCCAAAUUCCGAGUGGGAUCCUUCACCACGGCUGGCCUAUUGGCCAGUGAAACUAGACUGGGAGCCCUAGCUGCCCUGUCCAACUACAUGAACGAGGACGAGCAGCAAGCUGAACUCAGCACCGAGGACCAUCACAGCAGCAUCUCGGAGACGGCCUGGGACAACUACCAAGAGAAAUACAACUCGGAGAACUAUUCCGAGGGCUUCGACUCGGAUGCGGCCCGGCGUCUCUUGGAAUUCGGCGACGACUAUCGCAAUUUCAUCGACUCGCAGUCGGACUGCUGCAGUUCUCUGUCGGCAGCCAACAAUCUGGACUCGUUCUCGCCGCCGCGCAUGGACUCGCUGCAGAAGCACGAGCUGAAGACCCUCCACAUCAACCAGGAGACAAUCACCAGCAGCGUGGACCACGCCCGCCGCCAACGCGCCCUUGAACUGCAGUACGAGCGCCGUCGCAAGACCUUGGAAGUCCGGCGCAAGUCGUGUCAAGACAUGGAUGAAAUCCCAUUGGCUGGCCCCCAAAAGGAGCAGCCUCCGCAGCAACUGCAGACGCAGACCUCGUUGUCUGCCUCUGCCACCGCCCUAAUGACAACGCCCAAGAGCCAGUCCAUCAGCCAGCAGCUUAACCAACGCACAGAAUCCGUGGGUCGGAAGCUGGACUUCGGCGGAAUGAGCCACUCUGCUCAGUCCCUGCUGCGUCGUACCUCGGAGAGCGAUACUUCGACCAGAAGGCGACGCACUGUGACGGCGGAUGAGAGGAGACGCUCCUCCCGCAACCUGGAGAAGUGCAUCAAGUUGAUUGCAGCCACCACUUCCUCGUCGAGUGGCUCGGACUCCGAGGACGGAGAGCAGGAGAUGCGAUCCCUCCUGCAGCAGAGUCGGGACCGACUGGACGACACCAGAGCCCUGAAGAUAAGAUGCCAUCUGCUCAGACCAGAGGAUUAUAACGAGAUUAUCAACACUUGCCGGGACAACAUCCGCUGCCUGGAGGCCGUGCUGCGCGGUCCGCCCGGCACCGUGCUGUCCAACCACUGCGCUGGCCAGACAAAAGAUCUGCUCGCCGCCUGGGAGGACCUGCUCAGCUGGAGCGAGAAUGCCUCGGCUGCCCGGAAACUGCAGCAGGAGAUGAACGUGCUCAAGCACUCGCUGCAGCGACUGGGAGACAAGCCCACCCCGGAGCUCCUCGACACGGAGCCGGCCAUCCAAAUCGCCGUGGAGGCUCUUAAGUUCGAGCAGUCGCAACUGGCCAGCUAUAGGACCAACAUGCUGCGCCUCAACGCCUCCGUCCACAGCUGGCUCACUAAGCAAGAGAGGCGACUGCUGAGCGCCUUAGAGGAGCAGGAGCAACAACAGGAGUCCGAACAACUCACGCAGGAUAACCCCAUGGAGAAGGAUAAGGCCGCCGGGGACCAGAAGGACCUUCCGGCCAGCGGAGCAGUGGCCAUCACGGUCACCGACAGCAAUGGUAAUCAAGUGGAGGCACUCGCCACAGGAGAAGCCUCCACCUCCACGGCAGGCUGGGACGUGCACUCCCUGAUGUCCUCGGAGCAGGAGUUCCACAAGCACCUGAAGAACGAAGUAAGCGACAUGUAUGGCGCCUGGGAUGAGGCGGAUGCUAGAAUCAACACGCAGCUGGAGAUGCUCACGAACUCGCUGAUCGCCUGGCGGCAGUUGGAGUCCGGCCUGAGUGAAUUUCACUUGGCCUUGGGCCAGGAUAGAGGCACACUGAAGGGUCUCGAAGGAGCUCUGGAUAAGGGACAAGCCACGCCUAUAGAGUUGGCCCAGAACGUCAAACUAGUGGCCAAGCUGCUGUCGGAGAAGGUCAACGUUAGCCAAGAGCAACUUCUGGCCGUACAACAGCACCUGGACCCCAAUCACAUCUACCACAUCGCGAAGUUUACGGCCUCGAAUGGUUCUCUGUCCGAUUCCGGCAUUUCUGAUGGAGGCGCCACUUCCGACGGUGGCCUAUCCGAGAGGGAGCGACGCUUGGGUGUUCUUCGACGCCUGGCCAAGCAGCUGGAACUGGCUCUGGCACCGGGAAGCGAAGCCAUGCGUUCGAUUGCCGCCCGAAUGGAGAGUGCCGAGGCCGAGCUAAAGCACCUGCAGAACACCUGCAGGGAUCUGAUUGUUCGCACGGCAGCCAGCCACCAGCAGAAACAGCAGACCCAACAGAAUCAGGGCCAACAGGUUGAGCCCAAAGCCAAUGGACAGGUAAAGAAGAACGCUGCCAAGGGCAACGGUCAACCCCAGGUGCCCGGAAAACGCGGCAAAGGAGCUCGCAAAGCGCGUCAAGCCAAAAACACUGGAGUAGGUCAACAGGAGGAGGAACAGCAGCAGCUCAGCCCGGAACAGCAGAAGAUGGUGCUGAAGCAGGUCAAAAUCCUGGCAAGUGGAGAUGGCGGCGACGACCCCUCCGACGAUCCCUCUCUGCUCUUCAACUUGGAAAGCUCCGAGGAAGAUGCCGAAGAAGUGGAUCCCGCCCAGGCCUCCAAGCGCGGAUGGGCGUGGCGCAUCGCAAGGGCGGCUGUGCCUAUGCAGGUGGCCCUGUUCACCAUCUUCUGCGCCGCCUGUCUGAUGCAGCCGAACUGCUGCGACAACCUGAACAACCUGUCCAUGAGCUUCACGCCCCAGCUGCGCUACAUCCGCGGACCACCUCCGAUCUGAGGACGGAAUUCGAUUUACUUAGCAGGCCGCUAAUCGUUGUAGGUUACCGUUACGUUAUGUUAAGGCAUUUAACAGCUGUAACUAGAGUUAACCAUCGCAACCGCAACCCCGCCACGCAGGCAGAGCACCGUUAGCUCGCCUUUGGCGCGCGUCACUCGCCCUCGAGGUUUUAUAAGGCAGAACAGAGCGCUGUCCGGGAGAGUUCGACAUCCGGAGGCAGCCCCAUUUUAUAUGUCUAAUUUAGGUAGCGAGCGCGAAAGGAACGCGAUUAAAAGUAAGGAUAUAUUUGUUAUUUCGGUUAGUUUCCUGAGAGUUUAGGUUGCAGUUCUAUUGAACACUGAAGAAGUACUUAGGCGACGAACAGCCACUUGAAUACUGCCGCAAGAAGGAUCAAGCGAGAUCCUACCCAGUAAAUAUUUAUACAGAGAUAAUUUUCAGUUUAGUGGCGUUUUUGUAUGCUUUUCUGUUUAAAAAACACUAAAGUGCCUACAAAUGCGAACUGUGAACGGGGAGAUGUCAGCAGAUAACAAAGGAUCCGAAAGGGAGUCCAAAAGAGAGUAAGAAUCCAAGGCAACGAAGCAAGAAGAAGCUAAAGGCCAACUGCAGAGGAGGAGCCAGCUAAGAGCUCCCAGGCGGAGAUCGAUGAACAGAGUUUAUAUUUUUAUAUGCAACGCAACUAAACACAAUCAGUGCGAGGACAAGGACUCUUCAGCACCACACAUCGUACGUUUUAUGUCUAUUAUAUUAAUAGGAUAUCCUUAACCUUGUUUUGAAAUAAGAAAAAUUCAGCAAAAGCUACUUUAAAUUGUCUCUUAGGUUCGUGUUUGGAAUUACUAGACUUAGUUUAUGAUUUACUCACUCCCGGCAGAUGAUCAAUGUAAAAUACUUGUAAGGUUUAUAUACUUUGUGCGUUUUCAAAACUUUCACUUGGCAGUAAAACAGAAAAACAUUUAUACACAAGAACAUUAAAGAAAAAGUAUUCAAAAA